AUGCAGACCUUUGGUGCAUUCCUCGUGUCACUAGUGGCAUUGAGCGGGCUCGUUGCCGCUCGUCCCACGAACCCAACAGGCAUCUUCUCCAUCACCACAACACAUAACCGUCACUUCAAGCCCAGCGGGCCUCUUGCGCUCGCCAAGGCUUAUCGCAAAUUUAACAAGCCGCUUCCUAAGACGCUUGCAAACGCUAUCGGCCGUCUCAGCAGGAGACAGGACACUGGCUCCGUGGUCACAAAGCCCCAAGAGUCUGAUGUCGAGUAUCUGUCGGCUGUGCAGAUUGGAACGCCUGCGCAGACCGUGUACCUUGACUUCGAUACCGGCUCGAGCGAUCUUUGGGUGUUUAGCUCCGAGACUCAGGCAAACCAGGUCAAGGGCCAGGCCGUUUACAAGCCCCAUAAGAGUUCAUCCGCAAAGAAGCUCACAGGAGCAUCGUGGAGCAUCGAAUAUGGAGAUCACAGCAGCUCCAAUGGCGACGUCUGGACUGAUAUUGUCUCUAUCGGCGGCCUGAGUGUAAAGAACAUGGCUGUUGAGAAUGCCAAGAAGGUAUCUCAGCAGUUUAGCGACAACGCAGCCUGUUCUGGCCUGCUCGGUUUGGGCUUUAGCAACCUCAAUACUGUCCGCCCUACUCAACAAAAGACCUUUUUCGACAUGGCCAUGCCGAAUCUGAAGGAGCCUCUGUUCACCGCCAACUUGAAACACAAGGCCGAUGGAACGUAUAACUUUGGAUACAUUGAUGGCUCGGAGCACUCAGGGCCUAUUGUUUACACCAACGUCGACAGUAGCCAGGGGGGGUGGACUUUCACCUCGCCUGGCUAUGCCGUUGGAGAUGACGAACUGAACUCUGAGUCCAUGACUGGCAUCGCCGAUACCGGCACCACGCUUCUCCUGUUGCCAGACGACGUCGUGACGGCCUACUACAACAAGAUCCAGGGUUCCAGCUUUGACAAUAACAACGGCGGCUACGUCUUUCCUUGCAAAGCGACCCCGCCUGACUUUAAGUUUGGCGUGGAGGACUCGUCUAUAAAGAUUCCUGGCAGCUAUCUCAGCUUCGCUCCCGUGGAUGAGUCCGGCGAGUCUUGCUUCGGUGGGCUGCAGAGCAGUUCGGGGAUCGGAGUUAACAUUUUUGGCGAUGUUGCAUUGAAGGCGGCUUUGGUCGUUUUCGAUGGGGGGAACAACCAGCUGGGCUGGGCUCAAAAGUAG